UUUUGCAUAUCCGAUUCGCAGAUUCCCGUGCCUUGAAGUGGCCCCAUCCUCCUUGAGAAGCUAAUUCCAAAACAAAUGAUUGUUAACGGGGCUUUCGAUUUGAAGUACAGGGCAUAAAUGAUUUCUGCGAGUAUGGGUGAGAUACGGUUUCAUUGCUGGUUCUGAAUAAUAAGCCUUAUUAGAACUUUUAGCUACCGAAUCGUAUAAAAGCAGGGCAGCCAGAAGCAGAACACCAAGUUUCUUUCUUUCUUCGCAGUCAUGAAACUGUUUCUGUUAACUCUUUCCGUGGCCUUGGCCCUGGUCUCCGGCUCCCCGACGGGACUCAACCGCACCCGGACCCUUCCCCAGGUGACUUUCUCCGAGGGACCCGAGGGUCGCAUCGUGAAUGGCUACCCAGCACCCGAGGGAAAGGCUCCCUACAUCGUCGGUCUGUUCCUCCGCACGGAUGGCAGCAACAGCGGCGCCGUUGGAGCUGGUACAAUCAUUAGCAACGAGUGGAUCCUGACCGCCGCCCACUGCCUGACCACCGACUACGUGGAGAUCAACUACGGAUCCAACUGGGGAUGGAACGGAGCCUACAGGCAGACCGUCCGCCGCGACAACUUCAUCAGCCACCCCGACUGGCCUUCCCAGGGAGGACAUGACAUCGGUCUCAUUCGCACUCCCUACGUCGAGUUCACCGGACUGAUCAACAAGGUGGCUCUGCCCAGCAUGAACGAGCAGAACGAGCGCUACCAGGACACCUGGUGCGUGGCCUGCGGAUGGGGCGGCAUGGACAAUGGCAACCUGGCCGACUGGCUGCAGUGCGUCGACGUGCAGGUCAUCAGCAACAGCGAGUGCAAUCAGGUCUACGGAGGGGUGACCAGCACUGACAUGUGCACCAGCAACGCCGACGGAAAGUCCGGCUGCGGUGGAGACUCCGGUGGUCCCCUGGUCACACACGACAACCCUCGUCUCAUCGGCGUGAUCGCCUUCGCCUCCGCCGGAUGCCACAACGGACCCACUGGUUACACCCGUGUCUCCGACCACCUGGGAUGGAUCCGCGACCACAGCGGCAUUUCCUACUAACCUUCCGAGGAAUAGUUAACGACAAUUUGGAGGAACCUUCUUCGUUUUCAUUACUUUUCUAAAUAAAUUCAUUUAAAAGCUGCAAUACCUACACUGCUUCAUUAAGCCUAAUUGAUUUGGGUAACAAAAGGGUAACAAACUAUUUUAUAACCAUUUAAAAAGAUAAUCGAAAUCCCUCCCAAAAUUAGAGAACCUCAUCUCAAUUAGAAAUUUCAAUUUGAAAUCCGAAUUAAAGUUUAAUUUAGUAAGGCCCAA